CAUAGGCACUGAAUGACUGCUGAAUAGUCGACUGCAUUUCGCUCCAACAACUUCAUCCUCCUAGGUCUGGGAAGAUCUUAUCGCCCCCAGCCCAUCCCACUAUCCCAUACGGGAGUCGAUGCCGUUAGCUGUCCUAGAGGGAGAGGGAGUUGAGGAACCAACAAGGCUCCAGCAUCCAGCAACCAGCAACCGUGGCUAGUUGACAUGCAGAUAGCGGAUUCCCAUCAUGCUGGGAUCGCCCGUCUAGCAGAGUACUCCGUAGUGCCCUGCCCGUUGCAAAAAGUCGCAACACCACCCACAACCAGCUUGCCUUGGAUCUUGCUUUUCCUCUGUCUUCAUUAUUGUGGACCGACGCUAUAUAACAAGACGUUGAAGAGGGCCCGCAGGGUCCAGAGGGUCGAUGAUGACAUGGGGAUUCUGGCCGUGCAGCUACUCCGUACGGCGGCACUACGCACUACGACGGAGCAGGAGUGUGGCCGUGGGAGGAAUGGGGGAGGUGUAGUAGUUGACUAGAGAGCUUCAGCAAUAAAAAACAGCAAACGGCGCGGCGCAUAAAAUCCCUUAAUUAGCGUAACAGCGG